AUGAUGGUUUGCAUGAAGGGCGUUGCUCUAGUAGCCGUGGUUGUAGUUGCUGCAUCACUUGCUCCGGUGGGGGAGGGCCGCUCUGCUCGGAAGGACCUUGGUAUUAAUCUUGGGGUUGGGGGUGGAGUUGGGAUUGGAGUUGGAUUCGGCUCAGGCUCAGGAUCAGGAGGUCUUGGACUUGGACUUGGAGUUGGAAUUGGCAUUGGUCUAGGUGGUGGUGGUUAUGAGUCAAGUUCAAGGUAUGGUUCCGCAUCAGUGUCCAGCUCUGGAUCAAGUCCAGGCUUAGGAUCUGCUUCUGGAUUAGUUUCGGCUUCGGGUUCAGGCUCAAGCUCAGGGGGAGGUGGCCUUGGAGCCGGAGUUGGUAUUGGAUUAGGUGGUGGUGGUGGUAAUGCUGGCUCCUCUAGCUCUAGUUCAGCUUCAAGCUCAGCUGGCUCUGGGUUCAGAUCAGGAGGUGGUUCAAGCGCUGGAUCGUCAGCUGGUUCAAGUGCAUCAUCCUCCGUGAGAUCUAAUUCAGACUCUAAUGAUGGAUCAUUUGUAGGUUCUACUGUCGGAUCUAGAGCAAGAUCAAGUGCAGCCUCUCGAGUAGAGUCCGGAACUAAUCGUGGGCACAAUUGA